AUGAAAGCCAACGCAGUGGCUGUAGCCAGAGCUGCCGCUCUUCGCGGCCUUGGUCGAACGGCGGUCGAACGGCCCUCUCUCUUUUCAAGGGCCACCCACAAGCAGCUGCCGGUCGUAUCACGAGCAUCCAUGUCCUCGGUCGCGGAGGCCGUCGGCAUCGCACCGGCUCCUCCGCCGCCGGUGGAGGACGCGGGUCUCGCCGCGACGCAACGGGCCGUCGAGGCCAAGAAGAUCCUGCAGAAAGCGGCGAGCGCGACUACUGUCAGGCACGACUGGACGAGAGAAGAGAUCUCUGCCAUCUAUUACCAGCCGCUGAUGGAGCUGGCCUUCCAAGCUGGCUCAAUCCAUCGCCGAUUCCACAACCCCUCCGAGGUGCAGCUCUGCACGCUCAUGAACAUCAAGACGGGCGGGUGCACCGAGGACUGCUCGUACUGCGCGCAGUCGACGCGGUACCAGGACGGGACGGGCCUCAAGGCGAAGAAGGUAGAGAGCGUCGAGUCGGUGCUCGCGGCGGCGCGCACGGCCAAGGAGAACGGCAGCACGCGGUUCUGCAUGGGCGCGGCGUGGCGGGACAUGCGCGGGCGCAAGAACAGCCUCAAGAACAUCAAGGCCAUGGUCAGCGGCGUGCGCGGCAUGGGCAUGGAGGUGUGCGUCACGCUCGGCAUGAUCGACGACCAGCAGGCCCGGGAGCUCAAGGAGGCCGGGCUGACGGCGUACAACCACAACGUCGACACGAGCCGCGAGUUCUACCCGUCCAUCAUCUCGACGCGCAGCUACGACGAGCGGCUCAAGACGCUGAGCCACGUGCGCGACGCGGGCAUCAACGUCUGCUCGGGCGGCAUCCUCGGGCUCGGCGAGUCGUCGGACGACCGCAUCGGCCUGCUGCACACGGUGUCGACGCUGCCGUCGCACCCGGAGAGCUUCCCCGUCAACGCGCUCGUGCCGAUCAAGGGCACGCCGCUGGGCGACCGCACGCCGAUCCAGUUCUCGAGCAUGCUCCGCACCAUCGCGACCGCGCGCGUCAUCAUGCCGGCGACCAUCAUCCGCAUCGCCGCCGGCCGCAAGACCAUGUCGGAGGAGAAGCAGGCGCUGUGCUUCAUGGCCGGCGCCAACGCCAUCUUCACGGGCGAGAAGAUGCUGACGACGGACUGCAACAGCUGGGACGAGGACAAUGCCAUGUUCGGACGAUGGGGGCUCGAGCCGAUGAAGAGCUUCAACAAGUCGGCGACGCCGGUGGCCGAGGUUGAAUUGUAG